UGCAGCUAGCACCGAUCACGGCCUUAUUUUAUAUGACUAAUGUUCAAGAGGCAACAUGACAUCGUCUCAGCAGUGGCUACGGGUCUGUUUCUCGCUCCUGUGCAUUUAUGCAGCAGUUGAAUCCAAACGGAUUUUCAAAUGUCCUUCAGGAUGCACCUGCACCAAGGAGACCAUCAUCUGCGUCGGGACUUUACAGAUCCCACGGACCAUACCGAGUGAGAUCAACUCCCUGAGCCUGGUUAAUGGAUCCAUUUCUGAAAUCACAGAGGGAAUGUUUUCUCUUAUGCCCUCUCUUCAGCUGCUACUUUUAAAUGCAAAUUCUUUGACAACAAUAAAAGAUGAUGCUUUCUCUGGCCUACCACAUCUGGAAUAUUUAUUUAUUGAAGGGAACACGAUUGAAACCAUCACCAAAUAUGCCUUUCGUGGUCUGCGAGAUUUGACUCAUCUAUCGCUUGCCAAUAACAAGAUGAGGUUUCUGCCAAGGGAUCUGUUUUUUGACUUGGAUUCAUUGCUGGAACUGGAUCUGCGAGGCAACUCUUUCCAGUGUAUUUGUGAGAACAAGUGGCUGAUGAUGUGGCUGAAAAACACCAACGCCACAGUGUCAGAUGUCUUCUGCGCCGGCCCCAGUGACAUGAAGGGCAAGCGGCUCAAUGACCUUCCUAUCCCACCGGGCGAGUGUAUCUCCACAGACUUUGUGAGUCAUCAGUACAUUCCCAUUCAGUCCAUGUCAGCGGACAUCUUCUCCUAUAAAGAAGACAUCUACGUGGCGAUGGCUUCCCCCAUCUCCAACAGCUGUGUGGUCAUGGAGUGGGAUCACGUGGAAAUGAAUUUCAGGAAAUUUGACAAUAUAACAGGAAAGUCUGUUGUUGGAUGCAAGUCUGUCCUGAUCGACAACCAUGUCUUAGUAAUUGUUACCCAGCUCUUUGGCGGCUCCCAUAUUUACAAGUUUGACGAUCGUCAAAACAAGUUCACAAAGUUUCAAACCAUUGAGGUAUUUAACAUCUCCAAGCCAAACGAUAUUGAGGUCUUCCAAAUGGACGGGGACUGGUACUUUGUGAUCGUGGACAGCUCCAAGGCAGGAAUGUCUACUCUGUACAAGUGGACCGACCAACCAGACCGCAAUGAAACGGGUUUCUUCUCCUACCAGUUUCUCCACGAGUGGUUUCGUGAUACAGAUGCUGAGUUCGUCGAAUGGGAGGGGAAGUCCUACCUCAUCCUAACCAGCCGCUCUCAGCCACCUGUCAUCUACCUUUGGAACAAGAGCACCCUGAAGUUCAUAUAUCAUGGGGAAAUCACAAAUGUUGACGACGUGGUGGCAGUCAAAGCCUUCCGGAUAGACAAGGACUUGUAUCUGGCCAUGACUUGCUACAUCGGUGACUCAAAAGUUCUGAAGUGGACCAACAAGCAGUUCACUGAUGUGCAGGCUCUUCCUUCUCGAGGAGCGAUGAUCCUCCAGCCUUUCAUAAUCUCUGACAAGCAUUACCUUGCUCUGGGCAGCGAUUACUCUUUCACACAAAUCUACCUCUGGGAUGCGGAGACCAAAACCUUCCACAAGUUCAAGGACAUUUAUGUGCAGUCGCCCCGCUCAUUUAUAGUAGUAACCACCGAGCGGAGGAAUUUCAUCUUCUCCUCCAGCCUCAAGGGCAAAUCUAUGGUUUUUGAGAAUGUAAUGGUAGACUUAAGCUUAUAAAGCCUUGCAAAGAUAAUGACUAAUCACUUUAUCGGAAUAAUUGUUCCAUAAAUGCUAAAAAGCAGUCUCAAAUGCUGUAUAUUGAUGAAACAUGUAUCUUCCUUGGUUUGAGACAAACAUCUUUGCCAGGUUCCUGUAACUCAUAUGACUUUCCAGCAAUUCUGGAGGUAUGUUAGGUCCCCAGUAAACAUUAACUAAAGGCUGUUCUUAAAGAUGGCCUUUCAACCUUUGAAAUGAAACCAGCAUGAAGAUAUUGUUAUGGCAAACUACAUAUUAUGUUAAAAGGUGUCUAUUAUGGGCAUAGCUUUAGUCUGGCCACCCCACACAGGUAGUAGGAAAACUUUAGGGAUAUAAAAAAGGCAUAGACUAUUAUAUAUGAUUAUCUAAUGUUGCACCUGUUAGGUUGGUGCUUAUUUAAAGUGAGAAGCCAGAAAUAGUAACUAUUUUGCCUAUGGCGCUGCAACUCUCAAGGUGUUGGUAUGCUGGAAAAGCUGUUAAUAGCUCUUACGUAAGGUCACAUUUGAAAAGUCUGCUGUCAUAGAGAGGGUCAAGAUGUGAUAAUGGUUUAAAAAUAGGGAUGAUGUCACACACUUUGAGAAGGUAUGCAUGGUGUACCACAUGGUUGUACACAUGAAGAUAUGGUUGUGUUGGAAAGCAGUGAUUGUUUCAGACACCAGGCCCAACCACUGCAAGCAAAAAGUCAAAUGUAACCCUAAAAUGCACAAAACUGUGUAUCUGAAGUGAUUACUGGACAAAAUGAACAACUACUUACUGUCAUGACUGAUGAUUAAAAUGUGCAUGAAACAGAGGUUUUCUUGGUGACAUUAUCCCCAGUAACGCAGCUGAAUGUAUUAGCUUUAUAUUAUAAGACUAACGCCUAACUGCACUGCAUUCAUAACAAGCUACAUUAUUAACAGAGUGCCUGAUUGGUGUCAGAAAUAAAUGUAAUUUUCCCUUAUUACUAUGCAAAAUGUAAAAUACUGACUGUUGCUCUAAAUAACAAUCUUGAGGUUAAAGGUAGGGUAUGUAAGUUUGAGAAACCGGCUCGAGAUACACUUUUUGUUAUAUUCCAUGGA